AUGAAUAGUCAAUCAGAUGCGAUGGAUGAACGAUAUAGCAUGACCAAGUUGGAAAAUAGAUUAAGAACUUUCCAAGAUGGGGUUGUACUUCAAAAGAAAAAAUUAAGAUGGAGUUUCAAAGUCAUUCCAUACCAGGCAAUGGCCAAGCUUGGUUUCUAUUUUGAUCCAGUGAUAGAUCCCAAAACGUCAAAGUUAAACAAGGACUGUGUGAGAUGCUGCUACUGUCACCGCCGAACAUAUAACGUUAGAGAUUGCAGAUCCAGGAAAAAAGAUGUUCUCGAAACGCUAAGCAAUAUAACGAGGAGACAUCUAACUGAUUCAGACAAUAAGCAAGUAUGCCUCUUAAUUUACUUGCGAAAUAAACUAUUAAAGGAUUACAGUUUCCAUAUGGGUGUUUCAGACUGGAAAAACGACAAACAUUUCAGCGAACCAGACAGUAAAAUCAUGUUAAACUUUAGAAGAUUCACUUUUAAGGAUGAUUGGCCACAUGGUAUCUCUCACAAUGAGCACCAACUGAAUAUAGAAAACAUGGUUAAUGCGGGGCUUAUACGAUAUGAUACCAGCAUAGAAGGACUAAAGGAUCCAAAUAUGGAUAAGGCCCUCAUGAGUGACUCAUGUUACUGUAUUUAUUGCAAGCACUCCUUACAAGGUUGGUCAUCGCACGAUGAUCCGCUAAGGCGGCAUUACGACAUCUCUCAAAAAGGUAAUUGUUAUUUCUUUCAAAUACGCAAUCGGUUUGAAAGAAUGAGGAACGAUAAGGAUAGCACCAUUAGUAGUUCAGAUACCAUCAGCCAAAGUUGUGGGGCCACCACCACACAAGUUGAAGAGGAAAGAGAUGACGUUGUUGCAGUGAAAACCACCUCUCAAAGUCAAAAUUCUUUAGUCUCACCAUCUUCUCCUGGUAAGAAUCUUCAAAACAACGGUGACAAUGGAUUGAAUAGUCUUGUUAUUCAACAUGAUAGAAGUGUACUGAGUGAACUAAACGACGAGUACUCAAAGCAAAAUAAAAUAAAAGAGAAACAGCAAAUACAUCUGGAGAAUGGAAAUACCACUUUAAGAGCGGACAAUACAAAUCAAGGUGUUUCCGCAGUUGAAAAUGGAAUUAGCCUAACUCCUAUUGUAAAAGAAAGCAAGCGUUCAAAUUCUCAACUUGCGCAAUUUUCAUCUCCUACAAGGAAGAGGAGGAAGUUCAAAAGAAUAUCACCCAGAAGAAUUUUCGAUGAAGAAGAUAGCGAAAACUCUUUUGAUAAUAGUACUGUCGGUUUGGAAAACAAAGAUAAAGAUUUAGUUAUCGACUUYACAAGCCAUAUCAAUAAAGCAAGAGAUACGGGGAGAAAGAAUGCAAUUCUGGACGACAGUACGGAUGAAUUCAGUUUUAGUAAUCAAGGACAUAGUACCUUUGAUAUACCCGUACCGACCUCCUCGCAUUUACUCAGAGACAUAGGUUCAGACAUUAAGAUUGUCACACAGGACCCAGAAAACCCUAUUAAUGCAAGUUCAAACUCAAAAGAAGCAGUUAUGAAAGAAGAAAAAUAUUUGGCCAGUGAUGACAGAAACGAAGAUAGCAACGACACGCGACUUGUAGGCAGAGAUUUCAACACUACUACUCCUGGAAAAUCUGGAAGUAUAGACCAGAGGUCGAACGACACCAAUGCUAACAAAGGUCUCUCUAACGAGACUCGAGGUUCAUCGGUACCGCAUGAGUUAUAUCAAGACAAAAUUACGGAGGUAAGAACAGAAAGUGAGGAAGGACAGAAAAAUGAUGUAAACCUGCCAAUACGGCGACUUUCGGAUGCAAGUUAUAGUGAUAUAUUGAAUAGUAACUCCAAUAAUAUUACCGACAAUAUACCAAAAGGAGAGAUAGAUGGGAGCAAUCUUCAAACCUUUGAUGCAUCUUUACACAAAAAAGCUCUGGGAGAUGCUGGCGCCAAGGAAAGAUCUACUAAACUAGAUAGUUUACCACCAAAAGAACCAGUAAUUCCAGCGCACAGAAAAUUGGAUAACAUUGACAUAGAUUUACAUUUGUCAGUAUCAGACUUCUCAUCUUCUUCGCACUCUGAGCAAUCAUCAAAGAGCUCAAGCGCCAUCUCAACACCGGUAGCAAGUCCGAAGAUAAAUGUCACACGUAGCUUGCAUGCGGUCAAAGAGCUCUCUGGUCUGGCAAGAAAACAAUUCAAUGAUUUGGAAUUCGCUAAUAAGCAGGACACCACUAAAAUGUUGGAGUAUGUGUCUGUGAAGAAUGAAACUACUGGAGAAGAGUCGCCGAUUUUUGAAACUGGAACACCAAUUGCCUACGAAGAACACAAGUCAAAGAAAUUAUUUGAAAACGAGUUUUUGGGGAAAGAACUGGAGACGCCUAUUUAUUUAUCAACCGUAGAUCUGAACAAAUCACCCAAGCCUGAACCUGGGUCAAUCUUACCAGUCGUAGGUAAUUCAAUUUCCAGUACAAGUUUACAUCCACAGUACUCACCCCUAGAGAAACAAAAAAAGGAGAAAACUUUGACCACAGAUACCGAAUGUGCGACGGGAUGUUUAUUAAAUGAGGAGACCAAAAACAGUAGAGCUGACUUUGGUGAAUGGUGCAAAAUUGAUGAAAACAGAUUGCUUGUUAAAAAUUACUUUCAUGAUUUAUUGAAGUAUAUAAACAACAAUGACGCUACAUUGUCUAAUGACAAAGACGGAGAUCUAGCAUUUUUAAUCAAGCAGAUGCCCAAUGAAGAGUUGGAUAUGACAUUCACCAACUGGGUAAAUUUGAAGGUGCGAUCUAUCAAGCAUGAAUUCAUAGAUGAUUGCGAAAAAAAGUUGAACAUCCUGAGAAAUGACUUUGAUACUGCUAAGAAUUACGUUGAGACUUUGGAAGAUGAUGAUGAAUUAAUCGAGAUUGCUAAGAAAAUGGGUGUUUUAUAG